AUGGCGCGCAUCUCCAACUUAUCUUAUGAUUCGGACGCUUCCUUUUCGCCGGAAGAUGACUUUGACUCUGAUGCUUCCUGCGAUCAGAAGUAUGAGAUUACUGACGCAAAUCAAUCGGACACUGGAAGCAUGGGCCUCGAAGAUGAGGAUGAGUGCAUCACAUCCGACAUACAGGACCAAGCUCAGCUCUUCGGCGGCAAUGUGCAUUCAGCUGAAUAUUACAAAAAGGCCGUCGAGGAGUUCAAUGAAUGCGACUGGGAUACGCAGGAUUAUUGCAGCGGCAGUCUGCUGCUCCUCGACGUGUGUGAGGGGCAUUGGCGCCAGUUCUGCGAAAUGCUCGAGCUCGACGUUCAGGAUUGCUAUCGAUCUAUCUCCGAAUCUGGUUCUCUGCGUCUUCUGUACAACUUCUUCGAUUGGUCCUUAAAUCAGAAGAUCGGGAAGAAUGGCCGGAAAACGCGAGGUAAUAAGCUCGAUGCGAAAAUAAAUCGGCGCAUGCACAAGGUUCUUCGACACCUCUCCAAGAAGCACGCGCUCAGCGACCAGAAGCGAGCAAAUAGGGUCAUGACAAUAGAAGAUCUCAAGGAGCAGAUUGAAACGACCAGAUGUUCUGGGGCGGGUUCUCCUUUAAUCGGCGGACUUCUCUUAUACCAAUGCUCGGAGACCCGGACUUGGUGUACUUGA